AUGGUGGGACAGUUGAAGGCCAGAAAAGCCGCUGGUGUGAUCCUCAAGAUGGUGCAAGCGGGACGUAUUGCUGGCAGAGCCGUGUUGGUAGCAGGGCCUCCAUCAACUGGUAAGACCGCCAUCGCCAUGGGAUUGUCACAAACUCUUGGAAGCGAAGUUCCAUUUACUGCAAUUUCCGGAUCGGAGAUUUUCUCGUUGGACAUCUCCAAGACGGAAUCGUUGACCCAGGCGUUCAGAAAAUCCAUUGGGAUCAGAAUUAAAGAGGAAACUGAAAUCAUUGAAGGUGAAGUGGUGGAAAUUCAGAUCGAUCGCUCAAUUACCGGGGGCCACAAGCAGGGAAAACUUACCAUCAAGACCACUGAUAUGGAAACUAUCUACGAGUUGGGUAACAAGAUGAUCGAAGGCCUCACGAAGGAAAAGGUUUUGGCUGGAGAUGUUGUAUCCAUAGACAAGGCAUCUGGAAAAAUAUCCAAAUUGGGACGGUCUUUCACCAGAGCCCGUGAUUACGAUGCCAUGGGACCAGAGACCAAGUUUGUUCAGUGUCCCGAGGGAGAAUUGCAAAAACGUAAGGAAGUGGUUCACACAGUUUCGUUGCACGAGAUUGAUGUAAUUAAUUCCAGACAGCAGGGAUUUUUGGCAUUGUUUUCCGGAGAUACAGGGGAAAUUCAAGCAGAGGUCAGAGACCAAAUCAAUACCAAGGUUGCAGAAUGGAAAGAAGAAGGCAAGGCCGAAAUUGUACCAGGAGUAUUGUUCAUUGAUGAGGUUCAUAUGUUGGAUAUUGAAUGCUUUUCCUUCAUCAACAGAGCGUUAGAGGACGAAUUUGCUCCAAUCGUCAUGAUGGCUACCAACAGAGGAUUGUCCAAGAUCCGUGGCACCAACUACAAGGCUCCCCAUGGAUUACCCAUGGAUCUCUUGGACAGAAGUAUUAUCAUUCACACUGCCCCAUAUUCUGCCGACGAAAUCAACACGAUUUUGUCGAUUCGUGCUACUGAAGAAGAGGCCGAAUUGGCACCGGAUGCUUUGGCGUUGUUGACCAAAAUUGGUCAAGAAACCAGCUUGCGGUAUGCAUCGAAUUUGAUUGCGGUUUCACAGCAAAUAGCUAUCAAGAGAAGAAGCAGCACCAUCGAGUUGACCGACGUCAAGAGAGCUUAUAUGUUGUUCUUGGACUCAGACAGAUCGGUGCAAUAUGUGGAGGAAUUUUCUUCACAGUACCUCGACGACAAUGGAGUUGCUUUCACCGAAAAGAUGGAGACAGACUAG